UGGACAAGCAGUUAAAUCGUCGAUCCGCAGCAGCACAGCUAAAGGAGACCAAGGGGACGAAACUUACGUAGCCCCCAAAAAACCACACAUACAUACUGAGACUGCCCUGUUUCUCUCUGAGUGCGCGUAUCUAUAUGUGUGUGUGUGUGUGUGUUGCAUCCAAUUGCUAGCAGGUUCAAGAAAAAGAAUAAAAGCCAUUUUGAUAAAAAGGCCUGCUCACCCCCCAGAACAACGCCUUGGAUCCAGAACCUACAUCCCUUUUAUGAAACGAAUUUCACGAUACGACUCGACUCGACUCGACUCGACUCAACUCUAUACGAUACAUACAAUAGCCUAGUACAUUCUAGGCUCUCUUCAGUGAUAGCGAUUGAUUGAUUGUGCACUCAAAUAAACACACAAGGGGUGUCCAGCUGCAAUCGACCAGACUAAGCCUCAGCCACCUGUGCUACAGUUCGAAACUGUACCGUCCGCCCGUACCGUAUCUACCGUAUCUGUCUGUCUGUCCGUCGUCUACGUAUACGACGUGGCGUGAGCAGCGUUGCUCGCCCUCCCUGGUCCCCAGUGCCCAGUCCCGUUCAGGCUCAGACAGGUCAAGACAAAACACAAGACACACCCCCCUCCCCCGGACGGGCUUGUUUUCAAGGCUCCAGAGUUCAAGAGGCUAGGCCCCUGGUCGCUCUUCAAUCCUUCUUAACCAGCACAGUCCCCUUGAGGGCGAAGCAUUCAAGCAAGAGCCAGCACAAAGCAGCAAAGCAAUUACAUUACCAAGGCGCCAGCACAUCCCCAUCCACUUGAAACAAACAAAAAAAAAGGCUUUAGCUUCUUUUUCUUCUUCUUAUUCCUUGCCCUGCCUGCCUGCCUGCCCCUUGCGGUACAUCACCCUCAGAAAUUAUCUAUAUUAUAACCCGCCCUGUCUGCCCUCUCCAACCUCGUCUCCAUCAUCAUGUCUGCCAGACCUUCAAGCCACCACUUUGGAUCAACCAGCUCAACAUCAUCAACACCUUCUUCAGGCUCCGACUCAGACUCUUCCAGCUCAGGACACAGAUACAGCAUGGACUCAAUCGCCCUCCCUAUCGCCUCUGUCGAGGUUCUUCGCUGCAUGCGAUGCGCUCGCUCAGUAGAGGCUACUUCCACCGACGACGUCAGCACCAUGGGAAUGGUUCGCAUCGCACACAACCUCUACUACUGCGAACGCUGCGCAAAGAUGGUCGGCUACAAAUAAAUGAAUCAACCAACACACAACUACUAAAGGCCUGAACACGAGUAACACACGGAAUUACUUUCAGCUUUUUCUUCUUCUUUCUCGGUGGAGGGAAACAAAUCACAUUGCGACAUGAACGGUUAAUCCCCAAAGCAUUCAAUGAUUCUUCCAGCCAACCAACCAGCCAGCCAGCCAACACACAACAACCACCUUUUCGGCGCAAAGGAAACAUGAUAUUCGGCUCUUAACCCCCAGUGUGCCGCAUGAAUACAUCCCCCUUCCGCCAUUAGGGUCAGCCAGCCAUUUCUUGCAUUUGGCAUACCCAAUCAACACCAAGAGCAAAGCCAUAUAUCGCCACAAAGCAUAGUUGACCAUCAACAUCAACAUGCGAGGACGACCUAAAUUGGCACCCUCUUAACAACAACCGAAGCAAAAACCCAACGACACCAGCAAAACCCACCCUCUUAGCACCUACAAAUCUCAGGAACCAAUUCCCAUCCUUUUUUUGAGGUUCAGGACAUUCGAGUGAUUGGGUGCGGCAUGUCCGUCAUCAAUGUAUGGGUACCCGUCAGCUUCCGGAUCAGCACCUGUCAGGCUCAGCUCAGCCCAGCUCAGCCCAGCCCAGCCUGCGAGUGAUCAACCCCUCCAAAAGAUAAAGACUGCAUUCACUGCCUCAUGUGAGAUGGAUACCACUUGAGGCGCUGUCUUGUCAAUUUUCAUGACCACCAUUUUUUUGUGUACCUAUUUGACGACCUUGGAUGUUUGGAGUUUUCUUUAGGAUGGGAUAUAUAACACUGUCACACUAUCGGAUUUUCUUCUUCUUCUUCUUCUUCUUCUUCUUCUUCUUCUUCUUGUAUACCCACGGAUACCCUGUUUACUGCCGCCGGGCGCUUUGGAUAUUUUUUUUUGGGGUUAUUUGGAUGCUAUUGUUCGCUUCUAUUCAUCGUGGUGGAUACACGCAAGUCCACGGCCUGGUGCCUGGCACGGAUUUAGCCUCCCGGGCAGGCUAUUUUGUCUAUAUACUGGUUCAAACAAUUUAUCAAAAAUUGCCAUAUCAUAUCGUGUUUUACCA